AUGAUAACAUUAUUCCCGUCGCCACGUAGAGCUAAACGUAAACAAACCAGCGUCGUCUGCUCCAUCUUAGUUCCCAACUGCGACGUGUCAACACAAGAAAUUGUUGGCUGGAUCCCCCAGGAACAAAUUAUUGUAAUCAGUACACAGUACUGCCCAAUAACAAACUCCAAACAAACACAAGGUAGUUGCCUGACCAAGAAGAUGAUUGAAACUGAAAUUACACCUAGCCAAGCUUGUUUUCAUACAUCCGAGCUUGAAGAUGAUGCAGAAGAAUGGAGUGAACUGGAAACUGAGAUGCGACGAGAUUUAUUGGCCCUUGAUUUGCGAAUUUCAUUAUUUGUCGGAGCCGUGCAAAAUUUCAAAUAUGAAUCACUUCUUAAACCUGUACCUGCAAAUUACCGAAAAAGUGACGGCGAAGCAGAUAUCGAAACUAUACGAGAACUGGUCUCAAGACUUCCAGAAUUGCCUCUUCUUGAUGUCAGCAACAAACAGGAUCCCGAAAUAGCAAGUUUUAUGAAGACAUUCUUUUUGAAUCACAAUCAGAAGCUCAGCCUAAUCUCUAUAGAGGAGUUUAAACGGCAACUGUCCGGACAAAUUGAGCUACAACUUGCUCCACGAUGGAUUUUUCAAAUUGAUCAUCUCUCUCGCAGUCAGCAGGCCUGGGAGCGUAGAAAAGCAUCUUCUUCUACGUUUUGCGCGUUUCACGGAAGUCGUUUCGAAAACUUCCAUUCAAUUUUGAAUUUGGGUCUUCAUCAACAUCUCAACAAGACCUCUUUGUUUGGUGAAGGAAUUUACUUAUCGACUGAACAGUCUUUAAGUCUUCAAUACUCCCCUUGUGGGCAAGGCUGGAAUAAGAGUCAGUUGGGACCAGAGCUGUCUCUACUCGCCGUUUGUGAAGUUAUUAAUCAUCCAGACGUGAAAAGAAGAGGUUCGAGACCAUCAGCAGCUGAUUCCGUGAUUCCGGACAAGUAUAUUCUCGUGACCAAUAACGAGCUCGUCCGCCCACGUUAUUUCCUAGUAUAUACAAGACCUAAAGCGAAGAAAGUUAAAGUUACGAGUUUCAUAGAGCGUUACAAAUUUGUUUUGUUCCUCGGGCUCUACGUUUCACUUUUGCUCGCGAUUGGUCUCGCUAAAAAGGUGACGAUUUAAACCGCACAAGCACGCAUCCUAUUUUUUCUUCUUUUUCCUAAAUGUUGAUUAGUUUUUCUGGUCACACAAUUUUGUUUAUUGCAAUAAAAAACACAAUAUUUUGAUACCAAA